AUGUUUAAAAAAUAUGUUAAUCCUAUUAACAAUAUUAAUAUCACAAAUAUUAGAAGAAAAUUAUUUAUUCGAGCAACUUUACCAAAAUAUAACGUAAAUCCUCAUAAUUUUUAUAUUUUGCAAGAUGAUGAACCCACUUCCACCACCACCAAUACUACAAACACCAACAAUAAUAAUUUACCAAGUUUUAUGGUUGGAUUUAAAAAUGGGUUUUUACCAAGACAAGAUCCAUUGGUCAACUUACCUGAUAAAUUUUACGCUCUUGAUUAUAUUUUGAAAAACAUGCCCAUCAAUUUAUCAAAAAAUGGUGAAAAGAAAGGAUUAUUGGCUAAAGGUGAAUUGGGAAACGUUGUAUUAAAUGAUUUGCCAUUAUACGACGUUAAUGAUAUCAACGAUCAAAGAUUUCUUUCCGCAUUGUUUAGGGAUUACACAUUCUUGGCUUCUGCUUAUUUACUUGAACCAUGCGAUAUAAUGUUUAGAGAGAAAAAAGAUUAUGGGUUAGGUAGAGCGAUUUUGCCAAAAAAUAUUGCGAUACCAUUAUCCAUCAUUGCCAAUAAAUUAAAUGCACACCCGUUCAUGGAAUACGCUCUUUCCUACAGUUUGUAUAAUUACCAAAGAAUCGAUCCAUCAAAACCGAUAAUUUAUCCAAACCUAAAACUUAUUCGUGAAUUUGCUGGAACAUCUUCAGAACACGGAUUUAUUCUGGUUCAUGUUGCCAUGGUUGCUAACUCUGGCCAAUUGGUCAGGUCGACAAUUGAAACUUUGAGUUCAGUCGAAUAUCAAAAUCGAAAUAAAUUUAAUAAUUCAUUAAAAAAUCUUUACGAGACAAUGACCUUGAUUAACAAAGAAAUGGAAACAAUGUGGUCAAGAUCUGAUCCUGCAGACUAUUUGAAAUUUAGAACUUUUAUCAUGGGUUCCAAAAAUCAACCAAUGUUCCCAAAUGGUGUAAUUUACGAGGGUGUUAGAGAAUCGGGUGCAAAUGAUUCAAUGAUUCCAUGCAUGGACAACUUAUUACAAUUAACGUCAAAAAUGCCUGAUAAUCCAUUAACAAGUGUUCUAAAAGAUUUUAGAAAGUAUCGUCCUACCAAUCAUAAAGAAUUUCUUGAUUAUGUUCAUCUCAAAGCCGAGCAAGUUGAUGUUAGAGGAUUUGCUGUAAUGGAUGCAAAUAGUUCAGCACUUUAUCUAGCAAAUAUGGAUCAAGUACGAGAAUUUCGUCAUCGUCAUUGGAACUUUACAAAGGAAUACAUCAUUAAAAAUACAAAACAUCCUGUCGCCACUGGUGGUUCUCCAAUCGUCACGUGGUUACCAAAUCAACUAGGAACAGUGUUGAAUCAAAUGAAUCAAAUAGCUCAAUUAUUGGAUUAUAGCGCUUUGACACCUGACAAUAAAAUUUUGGUGGAUCAAAUUGCUAACAGAGCUGAUAGUCAAGAAAGAAUUUUGAAUCGCGAAGUGGAAUUGUUAAAAGAAAAAUUUGAAUUGGUUCGUUCUGUUUGCAUCACAGAGCCUUUAAGUUCUGUUGAGGCCUCUAUUUCUUAA